UUGGGUGGACUUCCGCAAGUUCUUCAGAAUAUUCUUGUUGUAGUUCUUCCAAACGUUUGUAUAUAGCAGGUUCAAAGUCGGUAGCAGUUUAAAAAAUGCUAGUCACACUGGUAAUCCUAACAAUCCACAAUGUUUGUUCUAGUAAGAAAGCGAAAGUCUCUUUGUCAAGUAACUUGAGGAAGUUUACCAGUUCUUCUAAAGUAAAGUUGUUAGCAAUAGAAGCCAUUUUUUAUAAUAUAAUUUUAAAAAAUAUCAUUGCUGAAAUUUCGUUAACAAAUGGCCAUGCAAUCAGUGGAAAGAGUUCAUCACUCAUUAUAAUGAAUUAAAUGGAAUAUUUCAAGGUUUUAUAGAUGAAAAACAGCUAAAUUUACUCCAACAACAGACUAUUAAUAAAGAAAAUAUUGGACAUAAUUAUCAAGGAGAUAAUGAAUCUACUAUUAUUUGUUCCAAUCCAGUUACUUCAAGGUGGUGUGGACGUCCUUCAAAUUGAUAUCUGAGCGAAGGUGAAGCUGCAAGACAAAGUAAGAAGCAAAAAAUGACUAAUUUAGGAUUAGAAUGUAUUGCAGAAAAUAUUGAAACUAUUAGUGGAAACAAUAAAAAACAAAGAAAAUGUAAAGGGUGUCAAGGUAUAGGUCAUGAUUUG